UCGGCUAUGAUCCGCCGCGGUGACAACACGUCACUUUCCGCUGCUGAUCCGAACUACAACUCUUUGCUCUCUCGUAACAUUCAGAAGUUGUCGCGUCCAGUCUCACUAUCAUGGCUGAGUCAGAAAGUUCAACUAUUACUAUAUAAAUGAGUAUUCCUAUCAGCAUGGAGGGGUUCCUGCACCAUAUGGCGCCUCAGUUCCUACACCCGGCGCUGCAAGGCUUCGGGUGUGGCGCGUUCCGGCCCAUCGGCGGCGCUUUCCAUCCCUUGUAUCCGGGCAAGGCGUUCGCCAGGCACCUGGGCGAGCAGUACGCCCUAGGGCAGAGUGUCGGCCAAGCCCUCAGGGGCGUUCGCGAGGACAGCGGCACUCCUCCUCCGCCGCUGUACCGUCACACGUACUCUCUGCGAGACGACACCAGCUCGCCGGGCUCCGCGGCCUCCGCCUCGCCGCGCCCCUGCAAGGACGACGACCCCGCCCCCGCUGCGGGGCCCACCGCCACCGCCACCGCCACCGCCACCUGCUCCGACUCGCACGACCUGUUCUCGCCGGAGGGCGAGCGCAAGUCGUGCUGCGGCGUGUGCGGCACGCGGCUGGGCCCCGGCGUAGCGCAGGCUCACUUCCUCCAGGAGCUGCAGCACCUGUACAGCCUGAGUGCGCUGCCGUCCCACCAGCAUCAUCAACACCAUCAGCACCACCGCCACGAUGAGGACGCGCGCUGGGAGACUUAUCAGCGAAUUCGCGCCAACCGACAGCGCCGGCUCAAGCUGCGCACACGCAAACGUCACCACACUGUGGAGAGCAUGCUGGGAUACGAUCUGGAUGAUGAUCGAAGAGACGAGCAUCCGCGCGACUCCAGGUCGUACGAUGCCGAAGAUGAACCCGUGGAUGUGGAGGGAGACUCCCUGGGCUGGCCUGAAGCUGCCAUCAACAUUGACGAUAAAGAUCAGCGAAGUGAAGUUGACAAAAUUCACCUAAACUAUUCGGAAGACUUGGAGAUUUCAAGUACCAACGACGCCAUGCAGUCUCCUGAGCGCGUGAGCUCAGUGCCUCGAAUCGAGACACCGAAGCCUCUUUCACUCGAUACGAAGACAGAAGUAGUUGAGCGUCCUUCAGAGGUGACCACUUCGGAGUGGAGCGCGUCCGACACCUGGCCAGCGCUCCCCGAGGGCUACUCCCACAUCCGCCACAAGAUCGACGGGGAAGUGCCGUCCUCCAGUGACUCCCGAAACUAAAUGUUCUACAAGUUGUUGAUAAAUACCCGUGGACCUUGAAGAAGUACCCAUUAAUUAUUAUUAUUAUAUAUGGGAGGAUGUAUAUGACACGGCACCGUUGAGUCUACAUCUUGGUUACAUACUUAACAAAUAUUUAUUUUUAUUUAACAUUUUCACUUAAUUAAUGGACGCUAUUCUGGUAUUAAUUAUAAAUUAUGAUCGUUUUCCUAAGUUAGUUAGGUUUAACACCUCGUUCAUACUUAUAAACACUUAUCAAAAAGUGGUAUUCAUUAUUGCAUAUUAAAGCUAAAAUAUAUCUUUUAGAAAAACGUAAUGUGACUUUAUAAGAAAAUAGGGACUUCAAUAAAUCUACUUUUAGCCCUCAGUAGUAAAAAAUGGCCGACGUCAGUAAGCUGUUUCUUAUAUGACGUUUGAAUUUUGAUAAUAGUCAUUUUAUAAUAAUAAACUAGCACAUUAAUUUCUUUACAUUGUUGAAAUAAUUAGCUUGUUUAAAUUGAUCAAGCAAAUGAACAUUAAGAUAGACAAGUUUUUAUCUGAUACUUGCAUCCCCUGGUUGGUGUUCUGGGGACGAUGAAACAGUUUUCCUAUGAGUAAGGCUGCAGAAGUAUGAUAACUAGAUUAGUUAGUGAGUAAAAACUAACUAGCAAAAUAAUUUAAAUCAUUCGUAGGCACGUAAUACAUACCCGGCUGUCAGGAGUUGUCAGGAGCUUGCAAUGCUCUGCCGCUGUGUCAUAUAGUCGUCGGUAUUGUUAAGCGCCGCACACCUGCCUCUGCCUCACCUGAGAGCUACUGAGGUGAUGUAAUCAACAAGUAGCAAUGCAGUCUAUAUUCACGUGCUACGUAAUUUUCAACUCAAUAGCGAUUUAUUUCUUCAUAAUUUUUGCUACUUACCUCUAUAAAUGUAUAGGUAUAAAUCACAUUUAUUGAUUUUAAAUUUAUUUAGAUAACUUUUUUAUUAUGUUACUAUUACGUAUUUGAUUGUAAAUAUUGUUAUUAAUAGUAUACUCGGUGUAGUUGUUAGACAGCUUCAGAGUUGCGGUAAAAGGUGGCAAGACUAAGGAAGCGCACAUUAAUCCCCACUCAUUGUUAUGGGGACUGCGAGGUUAACGUUACGCUUCGUCACUAACGUGUCAUGAUAUCCCUCAUCCAGGUAUAUUUAUACUUUCAACAUGGUCAAUCAAAAGCUUCGUUUGCAUAGCGAUGAAUUCGUGUUGACUUUACCCACACCUAAACGAGAACUACAACGUAACACUGUCGUAACUCAUAGCUGUUAAGGAACAAUGCAUGGGACUGGCUGAACAGCGAUCACUCUAAACUGAGAUAUGACGAGUGGUGACAGUUGGCCCGGCGUAUUAAUAAUAUUACAGUCCCGUCUACGAUCGAUUACAUAGCCAGUCAUGUUUUGGUAGAAUAUUAGUUCGGGCAAGAACUUUAUUCGUAUUUUGUAUACAAACAAUGCACAUAAAUUCGAACAAAUAUUUUGUCCUCAUUUAGUAUAAACGGCUAACAAUGUUUUUUUAUAUAUUUGUUUAUUUUAUCGUGUGAAUAAUUGUCGUUUUAAUUUUUAUUAAUCAAAGUUUUAUUCAUUUAAUAUUAUAUUAUUACAUUCAUUUAAUAUAGUAAUUUUCAAAUGUGUAAAAUAAUAUAAUAAUUGACCUAUUCAUUAAGUAUAAUAAAUUUCAUAAAUUCACAUCAAAGACUAAGUUGGUAUCAGUGACUAUGGACAUUCAUAAUGACGAUGUAAAUUAACUUUUGAACAAAUAGUCCUUUUAAAAUUCUGGUAAAGGUUGUAUUUAGCUUCCGGAUCUAUCUACAGAUAUUAUAACAAUAUAUAAUUUUAUAAUAAGUAGAUAUUUUAAAUAUCGCUUCUAGUAUAUAAUUGUAGGAUAUGUUACAGUUGAUUGUUAAGCUGGCCAUCCACGAUAGCUGCACCAGGGUGGCUUGAGACGACUUGUGGUUGGGCGCCAAAUGUCUACUUUGCCCACGAUGUUUGUUGGUCCACUCCGAGCGGCGCGACAUUUUGUAUUAGAAAUCUACACUCUUACAUAACCUGUACGGAGUUUUACAUUUACGAAUCGUAUGUCACGUCAUUUGACACGAAAAUGCCAUUGUGAAUGGUCAGCUAUAAGGCGUUCUGACUUUCGUCCGAUUCGAAUGGAUGGGAGUAACAAUUGUAGAUAUUCCGUUAAACUUGUAAAGUUAUUGAGGUAAAAAGGUGCGGAGAAAUAUGUGUAUAACAUAGGUGUGACAUACAUAUCGCCUCGCACACACACCAUCGGAGUAGAUCUCUUUGUAUUUAACAUUAUCUAUUUCUUCGUAAUAAUGAUAAUAACAAAGUAUUCAAUGUAUUUUAUAGCAGUAGGUCGGUAGGUGCACUCUUCCCCGAGACUAUUGCCACAAACACCAUACCGCUAGACACCAUAAAAUUUCUAAUACUUCUCCUAUUGAAUUCCAAUUUGAAUGGUCUGGCUACCGAAUGAGCUUGCCCCUAUGAAGUGUUAGGGUGACGGACACACUGCGCUCAUCACACUGAGACCGGCCGGGCGCGUCUUGCCGUGCGUGGUGCGUCCUGCCGCAUGCGUCACAGAGGAUGGCUCUCAGUGUCAACAACUUCUGCCCAUUCCGUCACCAAUUAAAAAAAAAAUUACAAUUACAAUAUACCAUAAUGAAAUGAAUUUUCUAUGUUUUGUGAAUAAUAACUUGGUAAUUUCAUGCCACUUCUUCUCACCUUUUCCGAAGUGGUGGUAAUUGGUAAAAUGUAUAAUUUUUGACUCGUAUGUAAUUUCUUCAACAUAAAUGAAUAAAGUGAUUGUGAUUUGAUAAGUUCUAAAAGAAAUAGUAUUCAGGACUUGGGAUUAUAGCUCAUUUAUUGUCAUACAAUACCAGGAGUAUUAAUCACGCGUCUUAGAAGUUGAUUACUACCUGCCUUAUCCUGCCGUAUUUUUUAAAAUAUUAUAUUCAUACAAUGUCAGACCAAAUUUGUGUCAGUGAAACCUAAAAGAAUAAUAGAAAAAUUUAAAAACGAACCUGAAACUUUAAAACCAAAUAGAUUCAAAAUUCUUAUUUCUUUACUAGUUAAAUGUUAUAGCGAAGUGGUAUCGCCCCAUCUACAUUUAUUAACUAAGAAGGGUAGUGAGGGCCCCGUUGGCUGUACUAUCUACACGUACCCUAAUACGUCUCAAUUCAUAUUUUUUAAAAUGAUGAUUAUGCAUAUGAUAAAGGUAAAUCGAACUGAAACUAAAUAAAAAUCUAAUAUCGUGGGUACGUUCAUUAGUUGAUGGGAUAAUCUUAUGGUUUUAUAAAUAAUUAAAUAAACGUACAUACUUCUACUUAAGUAACUAACCUAAAUGUUGUUGUCAAUGUAACUAUGUGUAAAUAACUCAUUAUUUGUUAAAUGUUAUAUUCUUCAUUAAAUAUUGUCUUAUCAUCAGUA